UAUAAACACGUCUCUAUGAUCAUAAUCUUAAACACAGAAAAACCAAAUACAACAUCUCACAAACUUGUGCCCCAAACAAUGUCAACAACAACACACAUAGCAGUUAUUCCAAGUCCUGGUUUCAGCCACUUAGUCCCAAUAGUAGAAUUCACCAAAAGAUUAGUCACAAACCACCCUAAUUUUCACAUCACUUGCAUCAUUCCCUCACUUGGGUCACUACCAGAUUCAUCAAAAUCAUACCUUGACACAAUUCCACCAAACAUAAACUCAAUCUUUCUCCCACCAAUCAACAAACAAGACUUACCUCAAGGAGCAUACCCUGCAGUUCUAAUUCAACAAACUGUAACACUCUCUCUACCAUCAAUCCAUCAAGCCUUAAAAUCCUUGACUUCGAAAGCACCUUUAGUUGCUAUAAUUGCUGAUGCUUUUGCAAUCGAAGCACUGGAUUUUGCGAAAGAGUUCAAUUCUUUGUCUUUUCUUUACUUCCCUUGCUCGGCUUUUGUACUUUCACUUGUUUUACACUUUCCAAAACUUGAUCAAGAGGUUUCAUGUGAGUACAAAGAUUUACAGGAGCCUCUAAAGUUACAAGGGUGUGUACCAAUCAAUGGUAUUGAUCUUCCAACACCAACUCAAAAUAGGUCAAGUGAAGCAUACAAAAUGUUUCUUGAGCGUGCGAAACGUUUGUUUUCGGUCGAUGGAGUCCUUUUUAAUAGCUUCUUUGAAUUGGAAUCAAGUGUUAUAAGAGCAUUGGAACAAGAGGGUCAUGGAAAAAUCAGUUUUUUUCCUGUGGGACCUAUUACACAAAUAGGGUCAUCUGAUAGUAAUGAUGUUGAUGAUGAAUUUGAGUGUUUGAAAUGGUUGAAAAACCAACCACAAAAUUCUGUUUUGUAUGUUUCUUUUGGAAGUGGCGGAACACUGUCUCAAAAGCAAAUCAAUGAGCUGGCUUUUGGUUUGGAGUUGAGUGGCCAAAGAUUCAUUUGGGUUGUGAGAGCACCAAGUGAUUCAGCUAAUGCUGCUUAUCUUGAAGCUACAAAUGAAGAUCCUUUGAAAUUUCUACCACAAGGAUUUCUGGAAAGAACCAAAGAAAAAGGUUUGAUUUUGCCAUUAUGGGCACCUCAAGUUGAAAUACUUAAGCAAAAUUCAGUUGGUGGAUUUUUGAGUCAUUGUGGUUGGAAUUCGAUUUUGGAGAGUAUACAAGAGGGGGUGCCAAUAGUAGCUUGGCCUUUAUUUGCGGAACAAGCAAUGAAUGCUGUUAUGUUAAGUGAUGGUCUAAAAGUGGCAGUGAGGUUGAAGUUUGAAGAUGAUGAGAUUGUUGAAAAGGAAGAAAUUGCAAAGGUGAUUAAGUGUGUGAUGGAAGGAGAAGAAGGGAAAGGAAUGCGGGAAAGAAUCAAGAAAUUAAAAGAUUCUGCUGUUAAUGCACUGAAAUCUGAUGGUUCUUCGAUACAGACAUUAUCUAAGUUGGCUAGGAAAUUGGAAAGUUUUGGAGGGAUAUAGGAAAAUAAAUGUUGUUCUUAUUUCAUUUAAGUUGUUUUGAUUAUCUAGUUAGAUGUAUCUUGUUUCUUUCCUUAAUGUUCUUUCUUUUUUGUGGUUCUUGUCUUUUAGAGAAGAAUUAAAACAGGCUACUCAUAAUAUACACAUUGUUGAAAAUUGGAAUAGGGUUAACCUUGUUAUACAUGCUUCUAUGCCUCUAGUAUUCAAGGAUCAUAGCUUUGCAACCUCCACUUAUCUAAUUUAAAUACUAUAUACAUACCUUUGCCUUAUCAAAGGUCAA